ACUUCAGUAACCUCUCCCUCAAAAUAUAGGCUCGGGAUCGGAGACGGAGUUGGACUCGGAGGAUGUCACUAUAAAAUGUCUGAAUUUUCCACGUAGUUUAUUUUUGGAGGAAACUUUUAAUUUUAUGAGCGGCCUGUUUUGAGAUGUAGGCAUGUCUUCAGCUGAGACAAGCAGGAGACUGAGACACAUUGGACUAAUAUCCCAGCAACGGAGAUUGCGUCAUUUAAGAAGUCUCUCAGCUAGGAACAUCAGCCGUGAGAAGUCAAAAUGGGGAACCGAAUCUCUCAUGGAAACCUACUUCACUCUCCAUUCUAAUAGAAGUACUGAAGCCUUUUAUACAAGUGAAAAGAUCCAGGAUUCAUUGAAUCCAACAUGGCGUAGCUUUGACCUCUGUAGGUCAUGUCCUGAGGUCAAUACAUCUUUAUCUGCAUUUUAUGUGAAAGUAUGGGGCGGACAUGACAGUGAUUUCAAACUCAUCAUUGAAUGGAAGGUUGAUCUCAAGGGACUUUCAUUCAUAGGUACCAAGAUUCAUAAGGAUGGUGUUAAGUACCAGCCUAAUUCAAUUAUCUUUGGGAUGUUUGAUGGCUUCUAUAGUUCAGCAGAUAACUUACAGGAGUCUUCAAGAAAUAAAGCUAGAUUUUGCAAGUUCUUAGAAGUUGAUCAAAGUUCAGCUGUUCUCACAUACAACUCAUACUCAUUAGCAAGGUUACACACUACACAACGUGCAAUAAAACAGACGGAAGUGACAGUCGGCAAAGUGAGGACCUCCAUCAUUCAGAAAUUGAGUGACACAACUAAAAAGACAAGAUUGUGUUCUGAGAAGGAGGCCAUUGAACUGAGACUUAUGCUUUUAAAAGAAGAAAUAAUAAACCAGAGAAAAAGACUAGAGAGAGAGAAGGAAGUUUAUGAUCAUCAUAAACAACAACUCCAAACUAAAGUUGAAACCACUAAGUUAAGAUGGGGAGAACUACAGCACAGUCAUGAAGAGCUUCAGAUGGAAAUGAAAAAAAUGAGAGAGACAAGGGAUAUCAACAUUCAGGUGGUGUCAAUGUAUACGGCUAGGAAAGCAUCCCUCGUCCAAGAACUCUCUCAUAUAUACCCAAUACGUCAAUUACCCAGCAGUAUGUUCACCAUAUGCAAAGCACCCUUGCCACAUGCAGAGAGCAACAUACAAAUGAAUAAAGAUGACAUGACGAUAUCAACAGCGUUAGGACACGCAAGCCAUCUGAUCCUAAUGAUCUCCAAGUUACUCCAAGUUCCGUUGCGUUAUCAGAUCCAUUACAACGGUUCCAGAUCUACUAUACAUGAUCACAUCACUGAGCCAUUACAAGAUAAAGAUAGAGACUUUCCACUCUAUACCCGAGGCAAGGAGAAGUUUCAUUUCAACUACGCCGUCUAUCUCCUGAACCGUAACAUUGCCCAGCUAAGGUACAUCCUUGGACUAGGGACCUCUGACCUUCGUCUGACCUUGCCUAACCUACAGACCCUCCUAGAACUCAAAUGGGGCAUUUCUGUCUCUCUUCCUCCUACAUCAAGUGGAGCCAAUACCCAGCCGCCUGGAGCUGCUUCUCAACCAGUUCCAGCCGGAUCUCCCCGGUCCCGUGCCAGCAUUGGAAUCCAGGCCUCCGGUCCAUACAUGUCUCCCAAUCCUCCAAACUACUCAUCGGCAGCUUCUGGUGUCCCGGCCGGUCUCUUGGCAGAGAACAUUCCCAACAGUCCACCUCCUCCGUACCACAUCUCCGAGGCAACUCGGCAGGGGAGGACUGAAGAGGCGAGUGGCUCCACCCCACAAGGGGAUGCUCCACAAGAUGAAAGGGGUGCGAAUGGAGAGCGCAGAGGAGGGGGGCUGCGAGAUAGUGGGGUGGUGGUGACAGAAGGAGAUGAAGCAUCACCAGGAGGUGAUGAGGGUGGAGCGGAUCGUAGCAGUGGAGAGGUGGCAGGAAGUGAAGAUUCUCUCAACGGAAGGAAUUCCGAUGGGGAGCAUAUGACCAACGGAGCCAGCAGUGAUGGCGAUGAAGAGGACGAGGAAAGACAAAGAGUGCAAGCUGAAGUAAUCGGCAUCAGCCAACUAAACUACAGUUCAGGUGAUGCUCUUUCGCAGGACAGCGUUGAUUUGCAUACCGUACAAAGUGCUGGCUCAGGAGCCACUAGCCCUACAAAGAGCAAUGCCAACAUGUCGUUAAGUGACCCACAAACUGAUCAACCAACAGCUGGGGAAGAACAGUGUAAGCAAGUAGGAGGUGGCAGCAGUCAACAAAGUCCUUUAAGAAGCCCAUCUCAUAAUCAAUCAAACUCUAAUAACGCAUCACCUCCAUUAAUUCCAGGGCAACGUGCAAAAAACGAUAGUCAUUCCAGUAUAUCAACGACCAAAUCUCGCGUCGAAGGUCACCAGACUGAUCCUAGAGAAACAACCGAAGUCAAUGAGGGGUCUAGGGGUGAAGUGCCUUUCAUGACUGUGGAUAGGAUCUUCCAUUUUGAUGACAUCAGCUCAAGAGCGGAUGCGCUAUCCAAUCAGGGGAGCUUCGCUAGCUUCAAGCCGAACAACUCUAUUUCUGUUUCCAAGGCAAAGAGUGCAUCAGAAAGCUAACAUAUGCCAUCAUGCAUCCCUAGAUAUGAAAAAUUUGAACAUUAGAUGUGACCUUAGUUUUGGAAUUUGCCCUGUUUUAUGUAAUCAAAUCAAAUUAUUAGAAAAAAAAAUCACCUCAGAAUUGCUUGCAUUGAAAAUGUUUUGUUUCAUAAAGAUUUGCACACAAAAAAAGAUAAAUGGGGGAAAAUAAGUCAUGCUGCACUGAAAAUAAUCACCAUGCCUUAACCUCCCCCAUGACUUAUUAUGGGGGUGUUGCAAGAAAAUAAUUGCAAUCAAUCGCAAAUAUUCUGUUGCAAUCCUUCAGUUGAUUGAUCACUUUUA